AUGAACUUGUCUUAUUUAGCAAUUGUUCUUGUAUCAUAUUUUGUCUAUCAAAUAUACUACCGAAACAUGUCAAUUGAUUUCCCAACCAUUGUAAAGGAUCAAAAAUACCCGCUUUGGGAACACACCCCAGAACAAGUAUUAGACCUCGCAAAUGAAAUAGCUACCAAUGAAACCAAAUUGUUUGACCAAAUUGCCAGCAUUGAAAAUCCAACAAUCGAAAAUGUAUUAAAACCGUUUUCAAAGCAUUACAAUGACAAUAGUUUCCCAGAAGGCCAAAUCACCUUUUAUCAACACGUUUCAACUAAUAAGGAGUUGCGUGACGCUUCAACAAAAGGUGAAGAAAUCAUCGAUAACAAUUCCAUUGAACAAUGGUCUAGAGAAGAUGUAUACAAAGUGUUCCAGAAAUUAUUGGAUACUGUUAAAGAUGAUGCCGAAUUGGACCCUGAGUCCAAGAGAUACUUGGAAAAGACAAUCACUUCUUUCAAAAGAAAUGGUUUAGCUUUGCCAUCCGAAACAAGAGAAAAAGUCAAGAAAUUACAAGUUGAAUUGAACAAUUUGAGAGUUCAAUUUUCCAAAACUUUGAAUGAGGACAAAGGAUAUUUAUUGUUCGACAAAGAAGAAUUGGAUGGAAUUCCAGAGGAUACAAUCAACCAAUAUGAAGAAGUUGACGGUAAAUUGAAAGUAACUUUCAAGUAUCCUGAUAUCUUCCCUAUUUUCAAGCAUGCCAAUGUCUCUAACACCAGAAAAGUUGCUAAUAUUGGCUAUGGAAAUAGAUGCUCUGAGAAUGGUCCUAUUUUAGAGGAAAUCAUCAAGAUUAGAUACGAGAUUGCCAAACUUUUAGGGUAUGAUACCUAUUCCGACUAUGUUUUGGAAGAGAGAUUAGCAAAAACCAAAGAAACCGUCUUGAGCUUUUUAUCUGAUUUGAGAAGCAAAUUAACCCCCGUUGCGCAAGAAGAAUUAAAAGCUUUGAAGGACUUCAAAGCCCAAGAUUUACAAGCUCGAGGAUUAGAGCCAGAAGAAGAAUUCUACAGUUGGGACUACAACUAUUACAAUGAAAGAUUGUUAGAAAAGAAAUACAAAGUUGAUCAUACCAAGAUUGCUGAAUACUUUCCAUUGGAAUCUACUGUAUCGAAAAUGCUUGGAUUCUAUGAAAAGAUAUUUGAUAUCAAGUUUGUUAAAGUUGAUAAUUUAGAGGCUGGUGCAGUUUGGCACCCAGACGUUCAACAGUUUGCUAUUUACCAGAAUAUCAAAGAUGGUAAAGACAAAUUGGAGUUUAUGGGAUGGAUAUUUUUUGACUUACAUCCUAGAGAAGGUAAAUAUGGACAUGCUGCCAAUUUUGGAUUGGGUCCAGGUUACUUGGAAUCCGAUGGUAAAACUAGACACACUCCAAUUACUGUAUUGGUUUGUAAUUUCACCAAGCCAAGCAAAGAUAAGCCUUCUUUGUUAAAACACAAUGAAGUUACUACAUUUUUCCACGAGUUGGGUCAUGGUAUUCAUAAUAUUUUGUCAAAAACCAAAUACUCAAGAUUCCACGGAACUCAUGUUGAACGUGAUUUUGUUGAAACUCCAUCACAAAUGUUGGAAUAUUGGACUUGGUCGAAAAAUGAACUCAAAGAAUUGUCGUCUCAUUACAAAACUGGUGAACCUAUUAGUGACGAAUUAAUUGAUCAAUUAAUAAGCACCAAACAUGUGAACACUGGCUUGUUCAACUUACGUCAAUUGUUUUUUGGUAUCUUUGAUAUGGAAUUACACACAGUUGCUACUAAAGACGAACUUGAUGCAUUGAACUUGUUUGAAACUUGGAACAGAUUGAGACUGGAAGUCACUUUGCUUCCUAGUGAUGGUGAGACCACCAAGGGUUAUGCAUCAUUUGGACAUAUUGCAGGUGGGUACGAAAGUGGAUACUAUGGGUAUUUAUAUUCUUUGGUUUAUGCUGCCGAUAUUUACUAUUCUCUUUUUAAAGAUGAUCCAAUGAAUGUCACUAAUGGUAUCAGAUACAGAGAUAUUAUUUUGAAACCAGGUGGUUCAAAAGAAAUCAAAGAUAACUUGGUUGAAUUGUUGGGUCGUGAACCAAAUUCCGAAGCAUUCUUACAAGAAAUAUUUGGCUAA